AGUAGCAAGGCAAAGGAGAGAAGCGACCAUUCCGUAAAGAAGUACGAUUAAGGAGAAGUAGAUGCGGAAAACUGUGACGUGUUAGCCUAAUGAGAGGAAAUAAAACAAGCAAGCAAAAUUUGUUACCUUUCGCAGAAUUAAAUUGGGCUAGAACAUGGAGGAGCAUCAAGAAGAUUUGGCCAGUCUGUCUGAUCUGGAUGAGAAAAGUUUGCUCGAGUCACUGACUCUCCGUUUUAACCAGAACCAGAUCUACACAUAUAUUGGGGACAUAUUAGUGGCAGUGAAUCCAUUUAAAUAUCUUUCCCUCUAUGAAAAGGAGGUGUCGGAGAAGUAUAAAUAUCAUGAAAAAAGUUCUCUACCUCCACAUAUAUUUGCCGUAGCAGACCGAGCGUAUCAGUCUAUGUUAGGUCGCCUCGGCACAGGACCUAAAAACCAAUGUAUCGUCAUCAGUGGCGAGAGUGGGGCGGGGAAGACGGAGAGCACCAAGCUCCUGCUGCGGCAGCUCGUGGAGCUGUGUCGCGCCAACUCCCAGCUGGAGCAGCAGAUCCUGCAGGUGAAUCCUCUUUUGGAGGCAUUUGGGAAUGCCCAGACAGUCAUGAAUGACAACAGUAGUCGAUUUGGGAAGUACAUUCAACUGCGCUUUCAGAACUCUUCUGUGAAAGGGGCCAAAAUCAAUGAAUACCUCUUGGAAAAGUCACGUGUGGUUCACCAGGAUGAGGGCGAGAGGAAUUUCCACAUCUUCUAUUGCAUGCUAGCCGGCAUUUCUCCACACGAUAAGGAGAUGUACGGCCUCUUGGAACCUACUCAGUAUCGUUAUUUGAAUGGACGAUCCAUCCAGGAUGAUGCAGUGCAGCACUGGAGUGCAAAAUUUGGGGAAGUGAGCAAUGCAAUGGAUAUGGUUGGCUUUGAGGAACAGGAAAAGGUGGACAUGAUGACAAUCUUGGCAGGAGUCCUCUCUCUGGGGAACAUCACGUUUGAGACCACGGACAGUGAUGCCCUGAAAGUGACUGAGAAAUGUCAGGGCUGGCUGAAAGCCACAGCGGGUCAGUUUGGGGUUGAGGCGGAGGAGCUGCAGAGAUGUCUGACCUGCACCAUGUCCGUGGCUCGAGGAGAGGCCAUAUACCGGUUCCAUAAUCAGCAGCAGGCAGAAGAUGCCAGAGAUUCAAUCGCUAAAGUGGUCUACGGCAGGGUGUUUGGCUGGAUUGUUAGUAAAAUUAAUGAGCUGCUGACACACACUCUGGAUUCUAAAGUUGAACUCAAUGAAAUAGCAGGUAUUCUUGACAUCUUUGGGUUUGAGAAUUUUGCUGUGAACCGAUUCGAGCAGCUCUGCAUCAAUCUUGCGAAUGAGCAGUUACAGUACUUCUUUAAUCAUCACAUCUUUCUGAUGGAGCAGAAUGAAUACAAAGAGGAGGGAAUCCAGUGGGAGACCAUAACCUUCAAGGAUAACAAGCCCAUUCUGGACUUGUUCCUAACAAAGCCCAUUGGGAUACUGUCCUUGCUGGAUGAGCAGAGUAACUUUCCUCAGGCCACAGACGGAAAUUUUGUGGACAAGUUGAACAGCAAAUUCAAAGCCAAUCCCCACUAUGACGUGGUCCGGAGCCACUGCCCUCUGUUUGCUAUUGUGCACUACGCCGGGAAGGUGCAGUAUAAUGCCAGCGGCUUCCUGGAGAAGAACAGGGACAAUAUUCCAGCCAGCAUCCGCAAUCUCUUCAUUAACAGCGUUACGCCCCUGCUCAGUGUGCUCUUCUCUGCCACAAUUUCCAGAACAGGAACACUGAUGCCACGGAGAGCAAAUCUACAAGUUGUGGAUGACAACUUUAACUCAACCAGGAAGCAGUCUGUGGGUGCACAGUUCAAGCAUUCUCUGGCCGUGUUGAUGGAGAAGAUGUUUGUGGCCAACCCGCACUUUGUGCGAUGCAUCAAACCCAAUGCCAGCAAGCUGCCUGAUCUGGUGGACCGUAAGCUGGUUAUGGACCAGCUGAGGUACAAUGGACUACUGGAGACUAUCCGCAUUAGAAGAGAAGGCUUCUCCUGGCGGCCAUCUUUUAAGGAGUUUGCACAGAGGUACAGCAUACUGCUACUGAAACCGAAUCUGCCUCUGGAUAAAGAUGGUUGCAUGUCCAUCCUCAAUACUACUGAACUGAGCGGCUGGAAAUGUGGAUCGUCCCGGUUGUUUUUCAAAUACUGGCACCAGGAAGAGUUGGCUCGUCUGCUGGAACGGCUAGGAAAGGCAGCUGUCGUCAUUCAGAAGAAUUACCGUGCUGUGAGCUGUAGGAGGAAGUUCCUGGUCCUCCUGGCUGAGCUGAGGCAGCAGGCCCAGCAAGAGAGGGAGGAAGAGGAGAGAAGACAGCAACAUCUGGCAGAGGAGGAGAGGAACAGGCAUCUGCUCAUGGAGCAAGAGAACAAGAGACCGGUUUCUAUGCCAGUUCCUCUGCCCAGGAUGAGAAAGCCCCAACCCAGACCUCGGUCCAUCCUUACUGGAGCUGCCCAGGUGUCCCACCCGGUGCCAGUGCCCAGACCACGCAGUAAGCUGUUGGAGGCCACUCCUUUUGACAACGACCUGAACAAAAACGCUGACCCGAUCAAGCCGUUUGGUCAGCCUGCCGAUGAAGAGUCGGCCAAGGAGAAAUGCAAGAAGAGGAAUAACACCAUCCGUUGGUUCAAAGAGACGCAGGUCCGCAAAGUGGCCCAGAAUGGAACGUUCCCCUGCUGGUUCCAUGGAAUGAUCACUCGGAGGCAAGCAGAGGACCUCUUGACUGACGACAAGCCUGUUGGCUGCUUUUUAAUUAGAGUUGGGCAAAGUCGAGAAGGGUACACACUUACAUACAGGGGUGCAAACCGCUAUCGCCACUACAUGAUCGAGAUGCAGAGUAAUGGGAAGUACGUGAUUCUAGGUGAGGACCGGGCACACUCCUCCCUGCCCGAUCUGGUCCAGUACCACACCCAAGUGGGGAUCAAGCCAUUCAUGGAGCUGCUUACUAUGCCAUGUGGACAGAGAUGCAACCACGAGCCAGACUACGAAGAAUUUAAGGCGAUGAUGGCACCCACCGUUGCGGAAAGCAAUGAGGCCAAUGUUGGAGAGGCCGUGCAGGAGGAACUGGACCCCGUGCAACUAGAGCUGCAAAGACUCUUCCUGCCCUUGGGCCAGAACCCGGCACUGGAGGCCCACAAACCCCCUGUGCUGAAGCGCAUGUUUGAUAGACGCAGACGGAUUGAGGCUGCCGAGCUGGAGUGCAAGGCGGGGCAGGAGGCCGAGCUUAAGGGGAGGCCCAUACCCCGGCUUUACCCUUCCAUUCGACUGGCCAUGAGGGAGAUCCAGCAGAUCCAACAGCAAUUCUCUGAGAGUCAGGAGCAAACCUGUGCAGCGUCCCACAAGCCCUUGGCAGCCUGGAAGAAGAAAGAUUCCUAACAGGACGGAAGACGGCACCACUGGUGUUCUUGCUGCUACAAUUCAAACGUGAACAGCAAACAUUGUAAGGAAUGAUGCUCCGUUCAGAUUGGACACCUGAUUCAUAUCAACAACACUUGAACAAAUGGAAAAAACUUUUGGGCCUUUUUAGCUCUUAUUGUGUUUUUGUCUUAGUUUCCUAAAUGUUUCUUGAUUUGCAUUUUAAAUAGUUAUUUAAUUUGUAUAUAAUGCUUUGUUGUAAUGGACCGUUUUAAUAAACACUUGUCUGAUUUCA